AUGUCUAUGGGGAAAGGUGCAGUUCAAGUUGCUUCCAAGAAACAGAAGCUGAAUACAUGCAGCAGUACUGAAGCCAAGCUUGUGGGUGUUGACGACGUCAUCACUAUGAUCCUGUGGACCAAGCUGUUCAUGGAAGCUCAGGGUAACCCAAUUGACAAGAAUAUCCUCUCCCAGGAUAAUCAAAGCGCUAUUCGUCCCCUCCAGUUAACAACUGAUCUUCAGGAGCGCCAUGCCACAAUUCGUCCCCUCCAGUUAACAACUGAUCUUUAG